UUCUAAUAAUCACUUCCCACUAACGACUAUCACGAAUUUCCAACAUCUGGAAAGCAAUCAUCUCAACAAAUCGCCGGCGAGUGAACGCCACGCGCCAAGACAUCAAAAGAGUAGAAAACCAUCCAUGGCGAUUUUCUUCUGAACUGACCUAUUUCGAAUCCCACCGAACCGCCGUCAACAGAUCCCGACUCGAGUACACAAUCUCUGACCAGAAUAUGGCCGCCGAUGGCGUUUUGGCGCUGGAGCAGAGGCACGGCAAAGCAAGGGUUAGAGUAGGGAGAGUGUGGAGAGAACCAAACGGACGCCAGAAUUUCGUCGAGUGGAGCGUGAACAUCAGCCUUCUCUCCGAUUGUUUGACGGCUUACACUAACGGCGACAACUCCGAUAUCGUCGCUACGGAUACCAUGAAAAACACGGUAUAUGUGAAAGCUAAAGAAUGUAAGCAACCGCUUUCACCAGAGGACUUUGCCAUUGUACUUGGAAAGCACUUCACAUCCUUUUAUCAUCAGGUCUCUUCUGCAAUAAUCAAUAUAGUUGAGAAGCCAUGGGAGCGCAUUGACAUUAAUGGCCAGCCACACGAGCAUGGUUUCAAGCUGGGAUCCGAGAAGCGCACAACAGAUGUCAUAGUUAAGAAAUCCGGUGCAUUGCAGGUCAUUUCUGGUGUUCAAGGAUUGGCAGUGCUGAAAACAACCCAGUCAGGAUUUGAAGGAUUCAUCAAGGACAAGUAUACAAUCUUGCCUGAAACUCGAGAAAGGAUGCUGGCAACAGAGGUCACAGCAUCUUGGAGGUACCCUUUUGAGUCUUUAACAAGUGUCCCUUCAAAACAGUCCUACUUCUUGGAGAAAUAUAUGGAUGUGAAGAAAGUUUUAAUUGAGACAUUCUUUGGUCCUGCUAAAGGAGGGGUUUACAGUCCUUCUGUUCAAAGUACUCUCUAUUACAUGGCAAAGGCUGUGCUGGACAGGGUUCCUGAUGUGUCUUCAAUUCAGUUGAAAAUGCCCAACAUUCAUUUUCUGCCAGUCAACUUGUCCAGCAAAGAUAACCCCAUAAUUGUUAAGUUUGAGGAUGAUGUGUAUUUACCAACGGAUGAACCACAUGGAUCAAUUGAAGCCACCCUUAGUCGGGUUCGUUCAAAGAUGUGAAGUGCAUACAAUUUAUUUACGUUCUUAUCUAACAAGAAUGAAAACUUAUACAAUGAAAUGUUAUAAAUUUAUUUCCGUUGAAUAUGAUAUUUCAGUUUGAAUAAACAACUUUAAAAAGAUAUGGUUUGUUGGAUGAGCCAACUCAACGGACUUAUUUAACAACAAUAUGGUUUCGUAAUAAUAAUUAGACCCAUAGCAAUUGUACUAUUAUGAAAAGAAAAUGUAUAAUAUAAUACUUUUAUGUAUGUUUACCUAUUGAUUCUAUUUGAAACCGUGUAUCAUGUAUAUCAUUUCUUUUUA